GUGCAGGAGGGCUUCUGAUAAGAGACGGCUUUAAAAGAGGGCCAGUGAGGAGCGAACCCCACAGACCCUGAUCCACAGAGUGAGAAAAAAAGAACAUUUUCUUCACAGAAAGAAAGAAUUUAAAAAAAAAUCAAACAUGCUGCUGCAGUUUGUGAUUUUGGCCGCAUCUCUGGCGACUGCAACCGAAGCAUUCCCAGUUCCUCAGGACACGGCGAGCGGAGAAGUUCUGUGGACCGUGCAGGAGGAAAUUGAGAAUCUGGCUUCUGAUAAAGCUGAACGCAGCAAGGGAUUCAAUGGGAUGUGGAAGACCCACGUUGUCAGCACUGAUCUAUACUCUCCAGACGCUCAGAACCCCAUGGCGGCCGAGUUGAAGCGUAAGCUGAGUCAGGAGUCCGAGCGUCUACGAGCUCGUCUCAGACAGGAGCUUCUGGACCUGAGACAGAGGCUAUCUCCAUACCCCUCUCACCCACAGCUCACCCCAGCCAACAUCCGCGAGCUCCUGGCUCCCUUCACCCAGAAGCUCCAGAGAACCCUGGACUCCAACACCCAGGAGCUCUGCGGUCAGCUCAGCCUGAGCCUCCAGGGCCUCCAGCCUGACGGACCUUUAACCUACAGAGAAGCAGUGCUGAAGAUCAGUCAGGCUCUGGACGAGAGUCACCCGAAAAGGACCGCCGCCUUCGAGGACUUCAAGACCAAGGCGUUUGAGGCGGUGGAGGAGGACCACGACGGCAGCAAGAAGGAGCUGUGGGAGGAGGUGACGGCCAGACUGGGCCAGGAGAUCGUUUCCUUCAGCCUGGAGGUUCAGGGGAAAGUGGCCACGCUGAAAGUCGCUCUCGCCGGCCUCCUGACUUCAGCAGAACCGGCGAGAACCGAAGCCGAAUCCAAGGUUCUCCAGUUCUGCCAGAGAUCCUCGGCUCAGAACCAGAAGUUCAUCGCUAAUUUAGAUCAGCAGAUCGCCAGCCUGGACGAGAAACAUCACGUCGACCCGUCCAGUCACGUCAAUAUCGAAUCCAUACAGGAGGAUUUCUCCACCAGACUGAGCGCACUGCUCGCAGACAUCGUGCACACUCUGAACUAGAGAAGAACCGACACCAGAACCAGAACCACAACUACUGUAAUGUACUGUAAAUAGAUAUCAGAGUAAUUGUACCUGACGGCCGGAAAACUGACGUAUUUUACCCCCUCUUUUCUGCUGUCCUACUGUAUUAGUUCUCCCUUAAAUUCCCUAUAUUGGUAACACUUUACUUGGAUGGUCCAUUUUAUGGUCUUGUUGAUGCUCAACUGACAUUCAACUAACACUGAAUUGAAUGUCCACUAAAUUUAACUUAACCCUAUGUUGAAUGUAAAUGAUUCAAAAUAGAACCUAACCCUACACCUAACCCUAACCUUAACCCUUAAUCAACCAUAAAAUCAAACCCUACACCUAACCCUAACCUUAAUCCUUAAUCAACCCUAAAAUCUAACACUACACCUAACCCUAACCUUAACCCUAAAUCAACCCUAAAAUCAAACCCUACACCUUACCCUAACCUUAACCCUUAAUCAACCCUAAAAUCAAACCCUACACCUAACCCUAACCUUAAACCUUAAUCAACCAUAAAAUCUAACCCUACACCUAACCCUAACCUUAACCCUUAAUCAACCCUAAAAUCAAACCCUACACCUAACCCUAACCUUAACCCUUAAUCAACCCUAAAAUCAAACCCUACACCUAACCCUUACCCUAACCCUUAAUCAACCCUAAAAUCAAACCCUACACCUUACCCUAACCUUAACCCUUAAUCAACCCUAAAAUCAAACCCUACACCUAACCCUAACCUUAAACCUUAAUCAACCAUAAAAUCUAACCCUACACCUAACCCUAACCUUAACCCUUAAUCAACCCUAAAAUCUAACCCUACACCUAACCCUAACCUUAACCCUUAAUCAACCCUAAAAUCAAACCCUACACCUUACCCUAACCCUUAAUCAACCCUAAAAUCAAACCCUACACCUUACCCUAACCUUAACCCUUAAUCAACCCUAAAAUCAAACCCUACACCUAACCCUAACCUUAACCCUUAAUCAACCCUAAAAUCAAACCCUACACCUAACCCUAACCUUAAACCUUAAUCAACCAUAAAAUCUAACCCUACACCUAACCCUAACCUUAACCCUUAAUCAACCAUAAAAAUCGAACCCUACACCUAACCCUAACCUUAACCCUUAAUCAACCCUAAAAUCAAACCCUACACCUAACCCUUACCCUAACCCUUAAUCAACCCUAAAAUCAAACCCUACACCUAACCUUAACCCUAACCCUUAAUCAACCCUAAAAUCAAACCCUACACCUUACCCUAACCUUAACCCUUAAUCAACCCUAAAAUCAAACCCUACUACACCUAACCCUUACCCUAACCCUUAAUCAACCCUAAAAUCAAACCCUACACCUUACCCUAACCUUAACCCUUAAUCAACCAUAAAAUCAAACCCUACACCUAACCCUAACCUUAACCCUUAAUCAACCAUAAAAUCAAACCCUACACCUUACCCUAACCUUAACCCUUAAUCAACCCUAAAAUCAAACCCUACACCUUACCCUAACCUUAACCCUUAAUCAACCCUAAAAUCAAACCCUACACCUUACCCUAACCUUAACCCUUAAUCAACCCUAAAAUCAAACCCUACACCUAACCUUAACCCUAACCCUUAAUCAACCAUAAAAUCAAACCCUACACCUAACCCUAACCUUAACCCUUAAUCAACCCUAAAAUCAAACCCUACACCUUACCCUAACCUUAACCCUUAAUCAACCCUAAAAUCAAACCCUACACCUAACCCUUACCCUAACCCUUAAUCAACCCUAAAAUCAAACCCUACACCUUACCCUAACCUUAACCCUUAAUCAACCCUAAAAUCUAACCCUACACCUAACCCUAACCUUAACCCUUAAUCAACCCUAAAAUCAAACCCUACACCUAACCCUUACCCUAACCCUUAAUCAACCCUAAAAUCAAACCCUACACCUUACCCUAACCUUAACCCUUAAUCAACCAUAAAAUCAAACCCUACACCUAACCCUAACCUUAACCUAAGCUUAAAAUCUAACACUAAACCCAAUCCUAAAAUAUUAAGAUUAGCGUUUGGGUUAGAGGUGAAUGUAGGGUUAUAUUCAAUAGAGGAUCAUUUACUUUCACCUUUUAGUUCAUUUGCAUUUAAUAGACAUGUAGUUGAAUAUUAGUUGAAUGUCAGUUGAGCAUCAAAGAGGCCAUCAAAUAGAUCAUCCAAGUAAAGUGUUACCAAUCAGAAAGAUGGAUGGAUGCAAGGAAAGAAAGAUCUAGAAAAAUGGGACUUCAAAUUUACAUUUCUAAAGUUUGUAAGCCUUUCAGUUUCCGAUAAUCUAACUGUAGUUUUUUAGUGGUUCACAGAUGGUUAUUUUAGAUUUCUUGUAAUACUAUCUCAAAAUAUAAGAGUUACUGAAACUCAGCUGGGCUGGUGGGACGGCUAAAAAUGGGCGUUGGAAAAUGUCCCUUAUUUUUUUAAACCGACAAUUGACAGGUAUGAGAAAUAUAUACUAGUACCUGUCUCUGUAAUGUAAUGUACCUGUACAGUACAAUAUUAUCACAUUUUUACUAUAUUUUUAUUAUAAACUAUGGCUUUUUUAUACAGUGAAGAAACGUCAACUGGUCUGUAUAUUUUGCAAGAAACAAAAACACUCUGUUUUUUCUGUUUUUGACAUGCAAGUUUAUUGAAGCUGUUUUGUUGGAUUGUAUGAAUGUUCACAUAUUCAUAUGCAUAAUCAUAUAUCACUUUGUUUAUUGUGUUUAUUUUGAACAGAACUCUGUACAUACAAUAGUUUACUUGAAAUUGUUCAAAAGUGUAAAUAUAUAUAUAUAUUGUCUACUGAUCAUGUUUUUAAAUAAAUGAAAUUAAUACAA